AUGUCAACAUCAUCAUCAUCAUCAUCAUCAUCAUCAUCAUCAUCAUCAUCAUCAUCAUCAUCAUCAUCAUCAUCAUCAUCAUCAUCAUCAUCAUCAUCAUCAUCAUCAUCAUCAUCAUCAUCAUCAUCAUCAUCAUCAUCAUCAUCAUCAUCAUCAUCAUCAUCAUCAUCAUCAUCAUCAUCAUCAUCAUCAUCAUCAUCAUCAUCAUCAUCAUCAUCAUCAUCAUCAUCAUCAUCAAAAUAA